AUGUCUGACGAAUUAACACCCACGCAACUCAUCGAUGAAAUAGAGAAGCCUCAGAGUCCAGGUAGAGUUAUCAAGGAUCUAGUGGCCGGAACUGCCGGCGGCAUAGCUCAGGUUUUAGUGGGGCAACCAUUCGACACUACAAAAGUACGGUUGCAAACUUCAUCGGCGCCAACAUCGGCAGUAGAAGUUGUCAAGAAUUUGGAGAAGAAUGAAGGUCUUCGGGGUUUUUACAAAGGAACACUCACACCGCUAAUUGGCGUAGGCGCUUGUGUUUCAUGCCAGUUUGGGGUCAAUGAAGCUAUGAAGCGGUUUUUCAUGGGCUCCGGUUCUAAAGAGAACAGUACCCUAUCCCUCCCGCACUAUUAUACUUGUGGUUUGGUAGGCGGUGUGGCCAAUUCUUUCUUAGCCUCACCUAUUGAGCAUGUGAGGAUAAGACUACAAACUCAAACUGGAUCUGGCGCCAUGGCUGAAUUUAAGGGUCCCCUAGAUUGCAUUAAGAAAUUGAACCAGAAUAAAGCUUUGAUGCGCGGAUUGACGCCCACUAUCAUCAGAGAAGCCCAAGGCUGCGGUGCCUAUUUUUUGACCUACGAGGCAUUGGUCGCUAAUCAAAUACAAAAAGGCAUCGCGCGGUCUGAUAUCCCAACCUGGAAAUUGUGUCUAUUCGGAGCAGUAUCCGGGACAGCACUUUGGCUAUCAGUUUAUCCAUUAGACGUGAUUAAAUCAAUCAUGCAAACAGACAAGCUGGGCCAGCCCACUCACGGGAAGAACAUGGUUCAAGUAGCAAGGAUAGUCUAUGCCAAGUACGGUUGGAAGGCGUUUUUCAAAGGAUUUGGACCCACGAUGUUGAGAGCUGCCCCUGCGAAUGGCGCAACCUUUGCAACUUUCGAACUAGCGAUGCGUUCCUUGGGUUAG